AUGGAGCGCUUCCAGGCCGCGAUGCUGCUGGCGGCCGCCGGCGACGCGCUCGGCUACAGGAACCUCUGCGCGGAGAACGGUGCACCGGGCGCAGGCGUCCGGGAGGAGCUGCGGCGCUCCGGGGGCCUGGACCGCCUGGUGCUGUCGGCGGACGCGUGGCCGGUCAGUGACAACACCGUCAUGCACAUGGCCACGGCCCGGGCCCUCACCACAGACUACUGGUGCCUGGACGACCUGUACCGGGAGAUGGUGAGGUGCUACGUGGAGGUCAUCGAGAAGCUUCCAGAACGCCGGCCGGACCCCGCGACCGUGGAAGGCUGCUCCCAGCUGAAGCCCGAUAACUACCUGCUGGCCUGGCACACGCCCUUCAACGAAAAGGGGUCGGGAUUCGGCGCGGCCACAAAAGCCAUGUGCAUCGGCCUGCGCUACUGGAAACCCGCGCGGCUGGAGACCCUCAUCGAGGUCAGCAUCGAGUGCGGCAGGAUGACCCACAACCACCCCACAGGCUUCCUGGGGUCCCUGUGCACGGCCCUGUUCGUGUCGUACGCCGCCCAAGGGAAGCCGCCCGUGCAGUGGGGGCGGGACAUGCUGCGAACGGUGCCGCUGGCCGAGGAGUAUUGCCGGAAGACCAUCCGGCACAUGGCAGAAUACCAGGAGCACUGGUUUUACUUUGAAGCUAAAUGGCAGUUUUAUUUGGAGGAGAGAAAAAUCAGUGAAGACUCAGAAAAUAAAGCCAUCUUUCCUGACAAUUAUAAUGCAGAGGAGAGGGACAAG